AUGGCACAAGUGGUUAGGCAAACUGUUCCUGUUCAAAUGGAGAUAGGGGCAGCAGAAGAUGAGACAGUCCACGAAGGACAAAUCAUUAGACCCCUUCAAAAUCAAGGCGUCGAAUCAGGAGUCGCAGGACGUAACCAGAUGGUACUGGUUAACCGACACCAGGAUGCUGAUCAAAUUGUCGAUCAACAUCGACAAGAAGACUUAGCAGUGGAAAAUAGUUUGGCAACUAUUGUCGAAAGGAUUAUGGCUAGAAAUGGUAUGGGUGCCACAUUGCAAAGGCCAUUGUACGCCUCCCCGUUAGCUGAGUUUAUUCUCCAAGCCGAGGCGCCCAGAGGAAUGAAAAUGCCCAAGUACACUAAAUUUGGGGGAGAAUUUGGUGAAUCGACAAUAGAGCAUGUCACCAAAUAUUUAACAGAGUCAGGGGAUCUAGCUCAUAACGAAUGUUUGAGAGUAAAAAACUUUCCCUCCUCUCUGACUAAGGUUGCCUUCACAUGGUUUACUUCUUUGGCCCCAAGUUCAAUCAAUUCGUGGGCCAAAUUAGAAAAGAAGUUCCAUGAACAGUUUUAA